AUGAUAAUCCUACAAAGAGAUUCAUCAGUUGAGGGGAAAUGGCUCACCAAAGAUGUAUCCUCUCUUUCCACGGAACUUGAAAUACCAUCCUGA